CCAACUGGAAGGUGUCGCUUAGCUGCGGCAAUCGAUUUGGAGUUGAUAACAUUGAAUUGGAGAGCUGCAGGGCCGACUCCAUGCGACGAACCCCACUAACUAUUCAGGGAAGAGCUUACAGGGAUGCAAACUUGGAAAAGAUUGGAGAAAGAUAAAAGAUUGUUGCCCGGUCAACAACGUACGCGCCGCCAAAUGCCACCUUUCCCUGUCCAAGCCAAGUUUUCGAGAAUUCAUUAAGAGUCUUCCCUGACGCAAUGGAUAUUAAUUCCUGCAGAUUACUGCCGUAAAGAGGCUGCAUACCUAUCUACAUACCUACCUACCUACAUAUCUAAGUCAUUGCCUACCAAGAAAAAUUUAAGAGAAACGCCUUUAUAUAUUCACGGAUCUAGUAGAUAUAUAUAUAUCUUCACUGGUAGGAGCCUACUAUCUAUAUCUACCUAUGGCACACGACGACUCUGAGACCGAUCAUCGUCGACAUAGGGAUUCCGAGACACGUCAUAAACGUCACAAGAAAUCCAGGUCUAGGGAACAUGGCGGUGGCUCAAGGGGAGCUGCACCUGGCUCAAGAGAGAGGUCGCGGGGGACAUCGCGGGCCACGGGACAGAGGCUGUCGAUGAAUGCGCUCGCCCAAUUAAAUGACAAUAACACACGAGGUAUUGUGCCAGAGCCCGCGCAAGAUCCACCCAGAGAGCGUGAGCGUAGGCCAAAAAAGGACCGGCACCGACGGGAAGAAUACAAGCCGGUUGAUGCCGAAUAUGACGAGCGGAGGGCAGACCGACGCAGGAGAGAUGGGUACGGGACAUCCGGAGGGGAAAACGAGGCUCCGAGGAGAGACCGACGAUCGAGGGGGGAGUAUCGGGAAGAGGAUAGAGGGUAUGAAUCACGAGACAGGGAAAGGGAUAGAGGAUAUGAAUCACGAGAGAGGAAAAGGAAUAAAGGAUACGAGUCACGAGAGAGGGAAAAAGAGGAACGAAGGCAGAGACGACGACAAAGACACGCUGCUGCCGCCGCUAUGGAUACGGGAACAGAGGAUGAUGAGUAUAGACCGAGGGAACGGGCAAGAGAACGGGUGGUUGAGCGGGAACGUGAGCGAAAACCCCACAAGAAAGAUCGAAGAGUUGUCAGCGGUGCCAUCGUAGAAGAAGGGCGCGCCGCCCCAGGAAUGCGAGGCGGCGCGGCGAGCAAGCACAGCAGCUACGAUAGCUACGACAGCAUCACGAAAGAGAAGGAAAGGAAGAAAGCUAAGGCCUGGUACGCCUUCGAUUUCCACCUCCGCGACGGAAACAGGAAGAAGAAGCGAUGGAUCAUAGCAGGCAUUGCGCUCGUGGUGUUGAUCAUCAUCAUCGCAGUCGCCGUCACUGUGAGCAAGAACAAUAGCGCCAAUUCUAGCAGUAAUCGCUCCAAUCUAAACGACAUCUCGGAGAACGACAUCCCUACGGCGGCUCGAGGAACGUACCUCGACCCCUUCACGUGGUAUAACACGGAUGACCUUAAUGUCACUUACACGAACGAGACGGUUGGUGACCUACCCAUCAUGGGGCUCUUCUCGGACUGGGAUGACUCCGUGGCGGCCAACGACAAAGUUCCAGCCAUUGAAAAGUCGUGGGGGGACUAUUCUAAGACUCCGGCGCGGGGCGUUAAUCUCGGCGGUUGGCUAUCGCUGGAGCCGUUCAUCACGCCAUCGUUGUUUAAUUACGACAGCAAGCUCAAUAUCAUUGACGAAUACACGCUAUGCACGCACCUGGGGCCUAAGACGGCGGCGUCGACGCUCGAGAAACACUACGCCACCUUCGUUACAGAGCAGACCUUUCAGGAGAUACAGGCAGCGGGACUAGAUCACGUGCGAAUACCGUACAGCUACUGGGCCGUGCAGACGUACGACAGUGACCCGUACGUGUUCCGCACGUCGUGGCGGUACCUGUUGCGGGCCAUCGAGUGGUGUCGCAAGUACGGGUUGCGUGUGAACCUAGACCUUCACGCACUGCCGGGAAGCCAGAACGGAUGGAACCACAGCGGGCGCCAGGGCGUCGUGAACUGGCUUAACGGCACAGAUGGGGACCUCAACUCGCAGCGGUCGCUCGACGUGCACGACCGGCUGACCAAGUUCUUCUCCCAGGACCGAUACAAGAACAUCAUCGCCUUCUACGGCCUCGCCAACGAGCCGCGCAUGGUGAACCUCCCCGCCGAUGCCGUCAUCUCCUGGACCCAGGAGGCGUUCAAUCUCGUACGCAAGAACGGCGUCACCGCCAACGUCGUGUUCGGCGACGGCUUCAUGGGCCUCGGAAACUGGCAGGGGAAGCUCACGGGCCUCGACGGGCUGGUGCUGGACGUACACCAGUACGUCAUCUUCAACAACGACCAGAUCGUCUACACGCACCAGAAAAAGGUGCAGUACGCGUGCGACGGGUGGACGGAGCAGACGGAGCAGAGCAUGUCGACGUCGACGGGGUUCGGGCCGACGAUGUUCGCGGAGUGGUCGCAGGCGGACACGGACUGCGCCAAGUACCUGACGAACGUGGGCUGGGGCAACCGGUGGACGGGGACGUACGACUCGGGCAACGCGUCGACGGAGGCGCUGACGCCCAAGUGCCCGUCGCAGGACGCGUCUUGCACGUGCAACGGCGCCAACGCCGACCCCGGGUCAUACAGCGACGAGUACCGGCAGUUCCUCAAGAUGUUCGCCGAGGCCCAGAUGGUCUCGUUCGAGAAGGGCUGGGGCUGGUGGUACUGGACCUGGGACACCGAGGACGCGCCCCAGUGGAGCUACAAGCAGGGCCUCGCCGCCGGCAUCCUGCCCGCCAAGGCCUACGAGAAGGACUUCAACUGCGACUCGGACGUGCCCGACUUCACCGGCCUGGGCGAGUCCUACUGAUUCGACUUGAUACGCGCGCGCAUAUGUUGCUUAUUCUUUUUUGUUGGGAUAAGUGCUGUAAAGGGAGAUAGGGGAUAAGGGAUUGGGGGAUUAUUGGGGCUCACCCACGGCGGGUGGGGGCCCCUCAGCUUCAAGUUCCAGCUUCUCUCCCCUGGCUGACAUUGAGAGGUCUAGGCCUAGAUGCAGAUCUAGAUUGGAGAGUCGGAACAGGCCGACAGCUUACCUUGCCUACUGCCACCCUACCUACCUACCUACCUACCUUGCCUCCCUAGUCUACUUACCUAUGGAGAUAGGCAAAGUAAGCAUGCAAGCAUGCAAACUGAUCUGACGAUCUUUGAGGAAAUAUCUACGAGUGGAACGAUGAUGAUGAGAUUGGGGAUAGGGAG